AUGUCAAAAAGAGUCUGCAUUCAGUUAGUGGCAAUCCCAUAUACAUACAGCUUUCUUGUUGCCCUGUUCCACACCAUCAUCACUUUCCAUCUGACUUACUGUGGCCCCAAUGUAAUUAACCAUUUCUACUGUGAUGACCUCCCUCUCUUAGCUCUGUCCUGCUCAGACACACACAUGAAGGAAAUUCUGAUUUUUGCCUUUGCUGGUUUUGACAUGAUCUGUUCCUCUUCCAUAGUCCUCACCUCCUACAUCUUUAUCAUUGCCGCCAUCCUAAGGAUCCACUCUGCUCAGGGAAGACGCAAGGCCAUUUCCACCUGUGGCUCGCAUAUGGUGACUGUUACUAUUUUCUAUGGCACAUUGAUCUUUAUGUACCUACAGCCCAAAUCAAACCACUCCCUGGACACAGAUAAAAUGGCUUCUGUAUUUUAUACAGUGGUGAUCCCCAUGUUGAACCCCAUAAUCUAUAGUCUAAGGAAUAAAGAGGUGAAAGAUGCCUCAAAGAAAAUCUUGGAUAAAGACUUAACAGAUAAGAAUGAUGUUUCUAUUUAUCACACUUUGUCUUGGGAGUAUGUGGGAGCACAUAGGCUUGACAAAGAACAGGGAGUACAGCAAGGGCAAAAGUCCUGA